AUGUAAGCUUUGCUAAUCUGAUUCAUCUAAUUCUCAAUCACACUGACAACAUAUCUGCUCCAUCCUUUCAGGUGGUAUGUUUUGUCAGGUCUCUUCAACAGCCUGAGUACCCACUGAUAUUUGUCCAUUACAGCCUGAGAAUGUCAUCAACAAAUCAAUGUCGAAUGCUGAUGCUACACGACAACGAGCCCAGAAAAUCGAAGGCGUUCGUCGAGUACCGCAAGGAUUUUUCGAUGAUUUCUCGACAUCGCGUGAUCGCCCCACAACAGCGCCACGUCAACCCACCCACCCUAGUCGCAACCCUAUCAGUUGGGCUCAAAAUUUUGUCUCGGGUAUGCUACGCAAACGAGACAGAUCGGCUAUCCGGUUGCCACGAGUAGUCGAAGUUCCAUUAACAGCGGGAAAGCCUAGGAAUUACCACGCAAGAAAGAAGCCCUCUGCGAAAUCUUCUCAACCUACCAAACCUCCUACCACGCAGCAACAAAGCGGCACGGCGACUCAAAGCAAUAUGUCAUCAUCACAGCAAUCACCUGCCACUGCCACGACAUCCACGACGCCUACCGGUGUUACUGGUACUGCAGGUGUAGCCGGUACAAGUCACGAUAUCACCAUACGACAGGCUGGAUGGCGGGCUCGUUUCCUGCUCUGGGUUUGCUGCGUACCCACUCAGCCCGCAGGUGGUUAAAAUUGGGAAGCAAUGUCUUGCAACAUCAGCGGGUUAAAUCGUGCUACAGGAUGCUACAGAGCGUUCUGUAGCACUCUGUAAUCAUGUGUAAUGAAUUAUGAAUCCCUGAUGAACUCUUAGUGCUCUAUUACUCUCCUGCGGUUGUUGUAUAGUAUGGGUUGACUAGUUCACCAACGUGUAGUAUUUGCGGACCGAUAUGAUUCAAAUGAACUGUAAUACUAUUUCUGACCUAACACAGC